AUGUCCAAUUCAAAGCAAGUAACGACACCCACGCCGUCGUGGCCAUCCAGCGGCGAGGCCAGCAAAGGCGGGCUUACUUUUGCUCGACGAGGAGAGCAGGUCGACGAUACCACCGUCGCUGGUGACGUGUCCGGUUACGACGCAGAACGCAUGCGAGCUCGAUCUCUUCUGACGGCCGAGGAGGAGAAGAAGCUCAUGAGGCGAGUUGACUGGAGGCAAUUGGUUUACCGCAGGAUGAUGACCGUUUGUUCACUGCUCUUUCUCAUGAAAAACAUCGACGCCGACAACAUCUCGAACGCGAGAAUUAUGAACAAGGGAACACCGAGAAACAUCAUGACGCAGCUGAAUAUGACUUCGGACGAGUACAACCUGCUGAACGUGCUCUAUUAUGUUCCCUAUAUCGUUCUCGAAGCACCUUCGAACCUCUUGUUGAAGCGGCUGAGGCCAAGCGCAUGGCAGUCGAGGAUCAUGAUCUCCUGGGGCAUCGCGCUGCUCUGCCACGUUCCCGUAACCAACAAAGGUGGGAUCUACGCCACCCGUUUUCUUCUUGGAGCAUUCGAAGCGGGAAUGUUUCCAGGCGUCAUAUUGCAGAUGACAUACUGGUACAGGCCCGAUGAGAUGUCUAUACGCCUCCUUUACUUCUAUGUGCUCGGGAACCUGUCCGGAAUAUUCAGUGGCAUUCUUGCCUUUGCAUUCGACACUGUAUCAGGAACUGCUGGCCUGUCGGGAUGGCAAUGGCUCUUCCUAGUGGAGGGCAUUCUCACUCUUAUUCUCGGAGCUACAGUCUAUUUCCUGCUUCCCGACUUCCCCCCCACAGCCCAAUGGUUGUCGGACAAAGAAAAGGCGUUCAUCCAAGCUCGUCUUCCGUCCAACGCGCCCAGAGCCGAAGAGGUGAACUUCAACCUCUCCGAAAUAUUCGACUCUCUUAAGGACCGCCGGCUCUGGCUCUUCACCCUAAUUUGGGCCACGUUCACCGUCGGAACUUCAGGUGUCCGAUUCUACCAGCCCACGGUUAUCGCCAACCUCGGUUUCACCACGAUCGCGAGGGCCCAACUCCUCAACCUGCCCAUCUCUCUGCUGUCCAUCUUCGUCAUUGGAGCGACGGGUUUCUUCGCUGACAAGGGCCUCAUACCGCGGCCACUGUACCCCCUCGGCGUCUUUGCCGUCAUCCUGGCCUGCUACGGGGUAUUGGUGGCGUAUCCCUCCAAUGGGGCUGUCUAUACCGCCACACUCAUCGGGAAUGCUUUCACAGCGGCCUUCUUCCCACUCAUGUGGCCCUGGCGUGUUCAGACGACGUCGCGGGCCACCGGCUCGGCAUUCAGCAUCGGUUUCGUCAACAGUUACGGACAGAUCGGCGGCGCCCUCGGACCACAGAUCUUCCGAUCCAAGUACGCCCCGCGUUACCGGACCAGUUUCGCGGUGGCCAUGGCCCUGGUGGGGUGUUGCGCCAUCGUCACGCUCGUCACCUGGUGGGUUACGCGAAAGACGGAGGCGGACACGCGCCGGCUGAAGAGGGCGAGAGUUCACGCCGAGCGCCAAGGUCUUGCAGUACUGGAUGAUGUUGUUGACCGAGAUCUGAACAAGAAGCGUAGCGAUGAUGGGGAAAGUGCCUAGUUGCCGAGGGCGGCGAGGCAAAAUAUCUAGCUACAUCAUAAGGUUGUCUUUAUGAAGUUGGUAACGGUACGCUGAAAGACUCACAAGAUGAAACUUCGAGGGACAGUCCUUAUUUACAAGAAAGUCUCUGAACCCCAAGCGACGAAGGCUGCAAACAACAUCAUAUCGACAAGUAUUUUGGCAGAAUUCGCCCCUGGCCAGAGGAAUCC